UGCAUCUGCACCCAGUGUUUAGAGGACUGGACUGUUUGAGAGAGACAGAAUGAGGGAGUUGUUCAGAAGACCUUAGGAGCAGCAUCACAUUUGUCCUAAGAGCUGAUGCAUGAUCUUUUAACCAGUACAUGGCAUUCAUUUUCCUGAUUUUCUGUGGUCUUCAUGUGGACUUGGAGGGAAAGUACUGGAUGUGUUCUUCAAUAAUGCCUGAAACAGGAAUAACCGUAUCUCACUGAACUGCUGCAUGAUGUUGAGCUCUUUGGACAGAUCAUCUUUUGGCUCUUCUCAUUUGGAUCUCACUAGCCAAGAUGUCACUCUUCCUCUGCUGAGGAGACCAGACCCUGGAUCAUACUGACUGCUGACAGCCAAACAAGAGCUCUGUGGUAUUUGCGCAUUUGCGUCUUUCCCGAGCUCUGGAAUGUCUAGCUGCUCCGGGUGCAGUUUCUCAAAGCUGAUGAAAGCUGGAGCUGAGAGCUUUUACUACGUUGGAGUAGAGGAAGCCAUUGGCCCCAUCCAGUCAAGCCACAGCCUCUCUCUGUUAGUCUACUGCUGAUAAGCUAGAGUUUCACAGCCUGUUUCUUUUCAGUCCAGUAAUGCUGCUUCACUGAAGCUGUCCUUUUAAGUCUGUUUUUUAUUUUCAGUUCAGGAGUAUUUUAGUCUGGUUGUGACUCCUAUCCAUGCCUGUAGUUACUCUUCAGGUCAAGGGCUGGAAUGUCUUGAGUCCACCCCCUGAGCUGUGUGACGGAGGUGCAGCCAGUGCUGAUGGGAGCUGCUGCUCCAUCAUGAGUUGCCAUGACGCUGGAGGGCGUCGCCGUUUUGAGGACUCUGAGUUCACCCUGCGUGUGUACCCGGGCGCCUUGUCCGAGGGCACCAUCUACUGCCCGGUCACCGCCCGCAAGGUCACCUCUGCAGCCGAGGUCAUAGAGCAGGUGAUCGAACGCUUGCGGCUGGACCGCGCCCGGCUCUACGUCCUUGCAGAGGUGAAGGAGUUUGGCGGGGAAGAAUGGAUCCUGAACCCGGGCGACUGUCCCGUGCAGCGCAUGAUGCUGUGGCCCCGCAUGGCCUUGGAGAACCGUCUUGGCAGCGAGGAUUACCGCUUUCUUUUACGCGAGAAGAACCUGGAUGGCUCCAUCCACUACGGCAGCCUGCAGAUGUGGCUGCGGGUGACGGAAGAGAGGAGGCGGCUUGUGGAACGUGGACUCCUCCCACAGCCCCCUGCUGGGCAGUACGCUGCAGACCUUUGUGCCCUGCCGGACUUGAACGAACGAACAUUACUCGAAAACCUCCGCGGACGUUUCAGGCAGGAGAAGAUCUACACCUAUGUGGGUGGGAUUCUAAUAGUUGUCAAUCCCUUCAAGUUCCUGCCCAUCUAUAAUCCGAAGUAUGUCAAAAUGUAUGACAACCACCAGCUGGGGAAGCUGGAGCCACAUAUUUAUGCUGUGGCAGAUGUGGCAUACCACGCCAUGCUGCAGAGGAGGAGGAAUCAGUGCAUCGUGAUAUCUGGAGAGAGCGGGUCAGGGAAGACCCAAAGCACCAAUUUCCUGAUCCAUCACCUUACUGCACUCAGCCAGAAAGGCUUCGCCAGUGGAGUGGAGCAGAUCAUACUUGGGGCUGGGCCAGUCCUAGAGGCAUUUGGGAACGCCAAAACAGCCCACAACAACAACUCCAGCCGCUUUGGCAAGUUCAUCCAAGUCAACUAUCAAGAGAGCGGCACAGUGAGAGGGGCAUAUGUUGAGAAAUAUCUGCUAGAGAAAUCUAGACUGGUCUAUCAGGAGCACAAUGAGAGGAACUACCAUGUGUUUUAUUACCUUUUGGCGGGAGCAAGUGAGGAAGAGAGAAAAGCCUUCCACCUGCUCCAACCAGAGGAAUACCAUUACCUCAAUCAGAUGACAAAGAAAGCCCACAGACUACACUGGGAAAAUUACUAUGAGAGCGAGCUGGACUGUUUCACUGUUGAAGGAGAGGAUCUUAAGCACGACUUUGAGAGACUUCAGCUGGCCAUGGAGAUGGUGGGCUUCCUGCCAGCCACCCGUAAACAAAUCUUCUCUCUGCUCUCUGCCAUUCUGCUCCUGGGGAAUAUACGCUACAAGAAAAAGACAUACAGGGAUGACUCCAUUGAUAUCUGUAACCCUGAAGUGCUUCCUACCAUUUCUGAACUGCUUGAGGUGAAGGAAGAGAUGCUCUUUGAAGCCCUGACCACACGGAAGACAGUGACAGUGGGAGAGCGACUUAUUGUACCAUAUAAACUGGCUGAGGCUGGGACAGUGAGAGACUCUAUGGCUAAAUCUCUCUACGGUGCUCUCUUUGACUGGAUAGUCUUCCGCACCAACCACGCGCUUCUUAACAACAAAGACCUGGAGGACUCUGCCAAGAUUCUGUCCAUUGGGGUGCUAGAUAUCUUUGGGUUUGAGGACUAUGAGAACAACAGCUUUGAGCAGUUCUGCAUCAAUUUUGCCAAUGAGAGACUGCAGCACUACUUUAACCAACACAUCUUCAAACUUGAGCAGGAGGAGUACCGUGCGGAAGGCAUCAGCUGGCAUAUGAUUGACUACAUUGACAACACAAGCUGCAUUAACCUCAUUAGCAAGAAACCCACAGCCCUGCUUCACCUACUGGACGAGGAGUGCAACUUCCCCCAGGCGACUAACCAGACCCUGUUGGAUAAAUUUAAGAGGCAGCACGAGGGGAAUAGCUACAUUGAGUUCCCUGCAGUAAUGGAGCCAGCUUUCAUCAUACAUCACUACGCUGGCAAGGUCAAAUACAGCGUCAAGGACUUCAGGGAGAAGAACACAGACCACAUGCGUCCGGAUAUCGUGGCUCUGCUGAAGAGCAGUAAAAGCGCCUUUAUCUGCGGCCUGAUGGGAAUCGACCCUGUGGCCACUUUCCGCUGGGCUGUGCUCAGAGCAUACUUCAGAGCAGUGGUGGCAUUUAGAGCAGCUGGCAAACGACAUGGGGAGAAGAAGAGUGGUUCCGAUUCUGCAGUGCAGUGUACAGUCAUUAAAAGUGUGGAUAGCUUUAGUUUCCUGCAUCACCCAGUGCACCAGAGAAGCCUUGAGAUCCUUCAGAGAUGCAAAGAUGACAAAUACAAUUCCUGCAUCACACGGAAGAACCCGCGCAGCCCUCUCUCAGACUUACAGGGCACAAACGCUAUCAAUGAGAAAUCAACCAGAGACGGGUUCUCUGGUUGUAAUGGCCGUAGCUCAAGGCCUGGUCGUCUGUCCUCAACUGGUUUCUCUCAUGAAGAAGAUGGUAUAUUUGUCAAUGCCAUGAGCAGCAAGCUGCUGGAAAGAGCCCAGGGCAUUCUGAUGCGGAACAAGAACUACAAGGCCAAGCUUUGCCUGCCCAAGCACCUGUUAGAUGUGAAAUCCCUAAAGUACCUGAGCAGCCUGACACUUCAUGACCGCAUCACCAAAUCGCUCCUCCACCUGCACAAGAAGAAGAAGCCUCCCAGCAUCAGUGCACAGUUUCAGGCCUCCCUCAACAAACUGAUGGAAACCCUGGGCCAGUCAGAGCCCUACUUUGUGAAAUGCAUCCGCUCAAAUGCUGAGAAGCUUCCUCUGCGCUUCAAUGAUGUGUUGGUACUGAGGCAGCUGCGGUACACUGGUAUGCUGGAGACAGUGAGAAUACGCCAAUCUGGAUACAGCGUCAAAUAUACCUUUAAGGACUUUGCCCAUCAUUUCCAUGUGCUGUUGCCAGAUGGCAUCAGUGCCAGUCAGGCUAGUAUUCAAGACUUCCUGCAGAGAGUCGACCUUGACCCAGAUGGUUAUCAAGUGGGCAAAACCAUGGUGUUUUUGCGGGAGGCACAGAGACAAAGGCUACAGGACCUGCUCCAUCAGGAGGUGCUGAGGAGGAUUGUGGCUCUGCAGAGGAGGUUCAGAGCUCUGCUGGAGAGGCAGCUGUUCAUCAACCAGAGACGUGCUGCACGUGUCAUACAGCACUGGUGGCGUGAGUGUAUGUUAACUCACAGUAGAGAGAGAGCUGGUGUCUCUGAGCUCCAGCAUGGUGCAGCUGUGUGCCUGCAGGCAGCUUGGCGAGGCUACAGGGAGAGAAGACUGUAUCUCCUGCAGAGGGAAGCGGUCCUGCUGCUUCAGAGAGGCUGGAGGCGGUGUAUGCAGCGGAGACAGCGAGCCGCAGGCCUUAUUCAGGCAACAUGGAAAGCACACAGACAAAGGCAGAGAUAUCUGCAGCUGUGCAGAGCCAUCGUAACACUGCAGGCUGCCUGUAGGGGGCACCAGGCUCGCCAGAGGUGUAGCCGCUUGAGAGAAGAGCAAAAGUGCACUAAUGAGGACGAUGAAGACCAGAAUACUGCAACAGAAAGUUUACAUAACCUCCAAAACCUUACUGAUGCCCAGAGAACUGACAAAGACUUAAAAGCACUUCAGCAAAGCUCAGAGAUGUCACAGGAGGAGCAGACAGUGGAGGUUACUGAGAGUCUACUGUCAGAACAUUCCAGAAGUCUAGAUGACAGCACUCUUAAGAGCCGAGCCAAACGAGAGAGCAGAAGGAAGAGAGAGCUGGAACAGGCUACAUUUAGUCUGGAACUGCUAAAGGUACGCUCCAAUAAUGUUCCUCUUUCUGACCAACCAGUGGCCUCUAUUGAAAACACAGCGUCUUUGAAGGCUGUGCCCCUCCACUCCUCUCCUCACAGUUCCCUAGACAGCCAUGGCAGUUUUGAGCUCCUUAAUGUGGAUGAUGUGGAGCUAGAGGAAACAGACCUUCACCAUCAUCCUGAUCCAUCCCUUAAAGAUGAGUCCAUACCAAUGGAGGUGAAUAAGAGUGAAUCAGAAUCAGAGAAGACACCGGUAAGAAAGCUAGAGCUGUCCAGUCCAGUUCAUACAGGUCAAACGACCUCAAAGCCUCUGUUCUAUAUAUCAGAUGAGGGAAGUAGCCCUGUCCGUCCCAAGCCACAGACACCGUCUAGGUCGAAACCAGGCAGAGACAGAAAGGAGUCUGUAGUGGUCCUCAUCAGCAUGCAGAAGGAGAGUCCUAUAGACCAGAGCAGCCUGGAAGCCAUGGAGAGGCUGGAGCAAGAGUGCAGGCCAAGCGCAACCCAUCACAAGAGCAUUUCCCCAGGCAUUCGAGUUGGAGAGGCUGUUUCAAAUCGUUCUACCAGCCCGCCACCUCAGGCACCACUGGACCCACGUCUCAAUCUUGGGCUCUCAUCUGGCACAGCUACUCCGUUGGGAGGAGGUGCAGCACAAAAAGUCACCUCAGAAUCUAGAACAGAAGAGAACAUGGCCAAAAUACAAGCUCAGAAGAAGGCAGUCACUCACAGUAUCAGUAUCAGCAUGAAGGAAAAAGCCACUAGCCUGGCCUUCUCGCCCAAACGCAGCAGGCUGACCUUCUCCAAGUCCGAUAAAGAUCUGGCGAAUCAGGAGCGCUCUAUGGCCUUGCAGAGAGAGAGAACAUCAGGUUUCAGGUCACUGAAGAGCAAAGAGGUGGCCAGAGGUGGCCGCCCAAAGAAAGCCCGCAUGGCUCGGACUCGCUCCGACUUCCUGACCCGUGCCUGUAGCACUGAGGCUGAUUCUGAUGAUGAGGAUGAUGAUGAUUACGAGUACACCCCUGUGCUCUCUCACACACUGCCCCUCCCAGAGCCCCCAGGCUCUCCCACUGCUGACCAGGCCUUCCACAGCGACUCAGAGAUGCCCUCUCAGAAAGAACAGAAGCGUCUGCAGAAGACCAUGUCCUCAGGAGAUCUGGGCAAAGUGGACUCGUUAAGGAAGUCCUCAUCACAUACAGACAGCAGCAGGGUCAGGGGUAAGAUGCGCUUCUGGGGAAAGGGAAAGCAUAGUGAAAAGAAGAUGUCCACCAGGGGGCACUCAGCAGAUGGAGAUCUCAAACGCAAUGACUCCCCCUCUGGCAGUCCCGAGCGGAGCAGAGCGCAAGAUCGUGUUCGGGAUAGCAAGGAGAACCGAGAGCCAGAAACAAGGAUGAUGAUGAUGACGAUGAGGAGGAGGCGAAGUUUAAAGAUCAGCAGCAUAACCCAAGAGCCUACUGCAUGGCAGAACGAUUCUCUCCAUAUCCUCUCCUGCACAGCUGACUAUCGUAGCAUGAAUGACUUCCUCAUGAAGAAGAUAAAUGAUCUGGAGACAGAAGACAGUAAGAAGGACACUCCUGUGGAUGUGGUGUUUAAGAAAGCUCUGAAAGAAUUCCGCCUCAAUAUCUUCAACUCCUACUCCACUGCCCUUGCUAUGGAUGAUGGUAGAAGUAUCAGGUAUAAGGACCUGUAUGCACUCUUUGAGCACAUUCUGGAGAAGAGCAUGCGUCUGGAGCAGAGAGACUGGUCUGAGUCACCUGUCAAAGUGUGUAUUAACACCUUCAAAGUCUUCUUAGACGAGUUUAUGACCGAAUACAAGCCCAUGGAUAGCACCCUUGGCAAGGCUCCUAAACCAGAGCGCAAAAAGAGAAGGAAAAAGGAGACAGACAUUGUGGAGGAACACAUGGGCCACAUUUUUAAGUCCACUCAGUACAGCAUCCCCACAUACUGCGAGUACUGUUCUUCUCUCAUUUGGAUGAUGGACAGGGCCUGUGUUUGCAAAUUAUGUCGCUAUGCAUGUCACAGGAAAUGCUGCUUGAGGAUGACCACUAAAUGUAGUAAAAAGUUUGAUCCAGAACAGUCUUCAAGGCAGUUCGGAGUGGAGCUCUCUCGGUUAACCAGUGAUGAGAGAGCUGUGCCUCUGGUGGUGGAGAAGUUAAUCAACUACAUAGAGAUGCAUGGUCUCUACACAGAGGGCAUCUACAGGAAGUCUGGAUCUACCAAUAAAAUCAAAGAGCUGAAGAUGGGGCUGGACACAGAUGCAAACAGCGUGAAUCUGGACGACUAUAACAUCCAUGUCAUUGCCAGUGUACUGAAGCAGUGGCUGAGGGAUCUGCCCAACCCUCUCCUGACCUUUGAACUAUAUGAGGAGUUCCUCAGGGCAACAGGUUUGCAGGACAAGAAAGAAGUAGUGAGAGGUGUGUACACAGUAAUCGAUCAGCUCAGCAGGACUCACCUCUGCACCCUGGAAAGACUCAUCUUCCACCUUGUCAGGAUCUCACUGCAGGAGGAGACUAACAGGAUGUCUGCUAAUGCUUUAGCCAUUGUGUUUGCUCCCUGUAUCCUACGAUGUCCUGACAGCAUAGACCCUCUGCAGAGUGUACAGGACAUAAGCAAGACCACUGCCUGCGUGGAGCUGAUCAUCUGUGAACAGAUGAACAAGUACAGGGCCAGACUGAAGGACAUCAACACUCUGGAGUUUGCUGAGAGCAAAGCCAAGAGCCGACUCACACACAUUAGGAGAUCUAUGAAACCAGUACUAAUUGCUGUUAGGUUUAUGAGCAUAACCCGAACUGCCACCCCGGGUAAAGGCCGGUUGCGCAGAAGCAGUCACCACACCCCUUCACCACCCAUGAGCCCACGGUCUCCUUUGGUCACUGAGGGGGAGGGUCCAGAUGAAGAGGGGGUGGAGCCAGGCCUGAGUGAACAGCAACAGGCAGCAAUGCAGCAAGAAGAGAAAGUGCUGACUCGGCAAAUAGAGAACCUGCAGAAAGAGAAGGAGGAGCUGACAUAUGAGAUGUUGGCUCUGGAGCCACGUGCAUCUGAUGAUGAGAUGCUUGAGUCUGAAGCUUCUAUAGGAACAGCUGACAGCUCAGAGAAUUUAAUGGCAGAGCAAGAAGGAGCAACGUCUGAGUCCUGGGAGAAAAACUGUUCCGCAAUCCAUUCUAGGAAGUCAGAAUCCAAAAGCAGACGUGCUUUACGCCGCCAGCCCGAGUCUCUGGACUCAGUCGACUCUGCUGUGGCCUCUCUCUCCUCCACCUCCUCCACUCCUCACUACCGCUUCCGCUCUUCCUCCUCUGGCCCUCUCUUUUCCUCCCCUCCAGGGGGCGACCACCAUCUUCUCCCUCAGCAGGAGGAAUCAGAGCAACCCGUGCUGACCACUCGAUGCGCCUCCAGCUCAGAGAAGACCCGGCCAAGGAGCAGGGGGAACCGGAGCUGCCCACCCAAGCCCCGCGAGUCCGGGGAAGGAGGUGGUCGGCGCAGAGAAACUGAGUUCGGGUCAGUGCAGCCGCUGGUGCUGUAUGGUAAUAAUGAGUUUAUGGUGUGAGGAAGAGAGGCAGUAACCUACAUGGCUGAAGCUGGUAUUCAGAGCCCUGUUAGAUCGAAAACCUUUCUCUUGUGACAAAUCACGUUGACUCGGAGUGGAGAAGAGUGCGAGAGAAGUAAUUUCGGGGAAGAGUGCUUUGAAUAAAGACAGUGAGAGAGACUGAAAAAGCUUGAGGCCCCUAGACAGCAGACGCAUGUUGAGGUGAAUGCUGACCUGUCAGAUUGACUCUCAGCUAGGGAUGACAGUGAGUGGAGGAAGAAGAGCAGGAUGUAUGCUGGAAGUAAGCCUGCCAAAACAAAAAGCAAAACCCCCCACAUCUAUGUGAUCCACCCUGCUGUAGAGAGGACCUGCUGGACUGGUCCUUUUCUCACUGCUUAACUUUUAGCUGUUCAUACUCAUGUUUACAAAACUGAGCCAAUUAGAAGUCAUCUGACUUCGACAGACUGCACAACGCUUUGCUACCACUUUUUUCUUCACAGUACUGAGAGAUGUCAGUGUUUCAGACAUCACUAAUGUGCUAAAUAUGUAAGAUAAUAUUGUAUUAUUCAGAGGGAAAAAAAAACAUUGUACAUAAAAAUGCAGUGCUGCUGGAUGGUCCAUGUGAAAAGCGUUUACUUGUCUGGAAUUUUUUGCAAAUUACAAUGGUAUGUAUGUUUUUUAGGUGUUUUUGUGCCAGUGUUGUCUUGUAAGCGUGUUUCCUAUUUUUUGCUUUUGAAGAAAAAUAUCACUAGAGGACAAAGGGACAGGCAACAGAGAGGUGUGACAUGCAAGCAGAACAGCCAUAAUGUAGCUUUUCCAUUCAUAGCCAUAUUCACAUUUUAAUACGUCCAGUUGAGAACUUGCCUUCUCUGUUUCUUCCUUUUCUUUGUUGAAAUGCUGGAAUACAUGAGUGUUCGUGUGACCAAAUCAGGACUUGAAAUAUUUGUUCCAUCUUUGUUUAAAUACUGUUCGUAAUAUAUUGUUUUGGUGUGCUAUGACUUUUAUAUAUAUAUAUUACUUUUUUCUCUGAGCCAUUUUUAGUUCCAACAGUAAGAUGUUUUCAUUCAGGCCAAGAAUUAUUUCCCAGGAACAUACGCAUACCAUUUAGUUUCAACACUAGUAAAAAAUUAAACGGAAAUAUAUGCCAGAAUCUCAUUAAUCCAGACUAAUCACGCACUUAUAUACAAGCACACGUUAUGGCAGUCCGUCCAGUAUAUAUACUAUAGUACAUGAAAAAAGUGAAAGCCCAGAAAAGGGUUCAAAUGAAGUUGUUUACUUCUUGCUACUGUUACAAUAGCUGUUACAAUUAAAUCACAUAAUCUACCAGUCAGUAUAUUGUAUAAGCAUUCAUUAUGGUGUAAUCUGUCAAGCAAAAUGCAGCUACGUUCUUCUGUGUCUUGAACAUGGUAUGAUAACAUGCAGCUUUUCCUGCCUUUUCAUGCAACUUUUGAAAGAGUAAGUCUGAACAUAAGAUAAUCUUCCCAUUUUGUGACACUACGGAUGAAUUAGUUAGUCAGUUAUUCAGUGUUUCUUCAUCUGAAGGCCAGGUCUGUGUGAUCAGCUCUGCCUGUUUCAUCUUUACAGCUCCAGAAACGUUACAGACAGCACACACACGUCUGAGCACAAAAACAAGAAAAGAAAAAAAAAACAAUGGCAUCCAUGUGCAUCAUGUGUUGUAUCCCUCAUAAGUGAAUGUACUGAUCACUGGAAGGCAUGCUUCACUCUGUUCUUCACUUCUUUCUUUGACAUCUGUAGACUUAAAACCGUGUAGGAAGAGUGUAGGUCAAAAAACACUGUCUUAAAGGAUAUAUUAUCCUGUUUGUGAUGCUAAAUGUUGAAUGAUCCAUUUUGUGUUUUGACAGAUUAGAUACAGUCUGAAGGAACCAGCUUGUGCAUUGUUUUUUUUCGGAAUUAUUAUUAUUAUUAUUAUUAUUAUUAUUAUUUGUGUGCUCUUACGGGCGCAGUUGCCUGUGGUGCAUAUAUUUCUUUAAUUACAAAUCUGUUUAUGGAUGUAAAAAGAAUAUAAUGAACAUCCUCUUAUUAAAAGACUAAAUGAAACAUGUGUACACUGACUCUUGAUAGUCAAAAUAAAAAAAGCACAUUUUACAUUUAUUGUGU